AUGAAGCUGUCGUUAACUGUAUUUAGUGGUCUUUUGAGCCUGACUUCCCUCGCGACUGCCAUCUCACCCGCUGGGAAAGCGUUCGAGAGGGUUGGAGAGCGGAGACCACUUCUUGAAAGGCGCGUGCCCAACCAGCCUUUUCAGAAUGCGGAGUUGCAGAAGCGGGCUUCAAAAUACUUGACCCCAGAGACCGAGAAGUUUGCUGUAAAUGGCACCGCAAUACCUGACGUCGACUUCGAUAUCGGCGAGUCUUAUGCAGGCCUACUGCCCAUCUCGAGCGAUCCCAAUGAAAGUAGAAAGCUAUUUUUCUGGUUCUUUCCUUCCACCAAUCCAGCUGCUACCGAAGAAGUCUUGAUCUGGUUCAACGGUGGCCCUGGCUGCAGCUCCUUGAGCGGACUACUGACCGAGAAUGGACCUUUCACGUGGGAAGCCGGCACGAAAGCGCCAGUCCAGAAUCCUUAUACAUGGGUCAAUCUUACAAACUCGAUGUGGGUGGAACAGCCAGUAGGAGUCGGUUACAGUCAAGGCGUACCCAACAUCACGAACGAGGUGGAGCUCGCUCAAGAAUUCAUUGGCUUCUACAAGAACUUCGUGGAUACCUUCAGCGCUCAGAAUUACAAAGUCUACCUCACAGGCGAAAGCUAUGGCGGCUUCUACGUCCCUUAUAUCGCCGACGCCUUUGUCAAUGCAAAUGAUAAGGUCUACUACAAUCUUGCGGGCAUGGCUAUCAAUGAUCCGAUUCUCGGCGAUUCCACCGAUCAACAGCAAGUCGUCAUUCAGCCGUUCGUGGACUACUGGUCCAACUUGUUCUUCCUCAAUGAGACCUUCACGGCAGCACUCGCUGAUAAGCAUAAGUCAUGCGGCUUCGCAGACAGGCUUGACAAAUAUUUGGCAUACCCACCUCCUGCAGAACCCUUUCCAGUUCUACCCGAUCCAUACGCGGACGACUCUCUUAAAUGCGAUAUCUUCGACUUCGUGUACAACGCGACACUCCUCACCAAUCCUUGCUUCAACAUCUACCACAUCACAGAAACCUGCCCUCACCCAUGGAGCAUCCUCGGUAUAGUCAACCCGGGCGACUAUAACCCACCAGGCAACAUGGUAUACUUCAACCGCAGCGACGUCCAAGCCGCUAUCAACGCCCCACCAACCAACUGGUCGCAAUGCACACCCACGAACGUAUUUGGUCUUGCCAGCGACAAUCAAAGCUUGUCAGACACCUCUCUUGGCCCUGCUCAGGACGGUGUACUUGCCCACGUUAUCGACUCCAUCAACAACACUUUCAUUGGUGUCGGCAAUCUCGACUUCAUCCUUCCAACCAACGGAUCUCUCCUCGCGCUUCAAAAUAUGACAUGGGGAGGGGUGAAGGGCUUCCAAGAGCGGCCGGUGCAGAAUACCUUUUUCGUGCCGUAUCAUCCUGAGUAUAACGGUGGUGCCUUGUCAUCGGCUGGUGAUGUAGGCAGCUGGGGUUCAGAGCGCGGCUUGACGUUCUAUGAUGUUCAACUCGCUGGUCAUGAACUCCCUGGCUACGCACCAGGCGCCGGCUACCGUGUCGUCGAAGCAAUGUUAGGUCGUGUCCCGGAUAUUGGCACGGUCGGCACUUUCACCACGCAGACGGGUGGGAAUUAUGGCAGCGCGGAAAUUGAUGCCCUAGAGGGCUCGUCGCCGGUGCCGGAUCGGUUGAGGCAUUAUGCUAAGGGUGGGGUGUUUAGACAUAGUCCAAGGUGA